AUGGCGGAAGCACUCGCAGACAAGCUCAAGGCGACGAACUUGAGCGAUGGCGCCGCAUCAGAGGACUGGAAGAAGAGCCUGAAGCUGCCUGCCAAGGACAACAGACAACAAACUGAGGAUGUCACAAACACCAAGGGUCUGGAGUUCGAGAACUUCCAGCUCAAGAGAGAUUUGUUGAUGGGCAUCUUCGAGGCCGGAUUCGAGAGGCCCUCCCCCAUCCAGGAAGAAGCCAUCCCCGUCGCCCUGACCGGCCGCGACAUCCUUGCCCGUGCGAAGAACGGUACUGGAAAGACGGCCGCCUUCGUCAUCCCCGCCCUCGAAAAGAUCAAUCCCAAGGUCUCCAAGAUCCAAGCCCUCAUCCUCGUCCCAACUCGCGAGCUCGCCAUGCAAACAUCACAGGUCUGCAAAACCCUCGGCAAGCACCUCGGAAUCAACGUCAUGGUCACUACCGGAGGCACUGGUCUUCGCGACGAUAUUAUCCGCCUGCAGGACCCCGUCCACAUCGUUGUCGGUACCCCCGGCAGAAUCCUUGACCUGGCCGGCAAGAACGUUGCCGACCUGAGCGAAUGCCCCAUGUUCAUCAUGGACGAGGCCGACAAGCUUCUCUCCAUCGAGUUCACCCCCGUCAUCGAGCAGCUGCUGCAAUUCCACCCCAAGGACCGCCAGGUGAUGCUCUUCUCCGCCACCUUCCCCCUCUCUGUCAAGGACUUCUCCGACAAGAACAUGGUCAGCCCCUACGAGAUCAACCUUAUGGACGAACUCACCCUCCGCGGCAUCACCCAGUACUACGCUUUUGUCGAGGAGAAGCAAAAGGUCCACUGCCUCAACACCCUCUUCUCCAAGCUGCAGAUCAACCAGUCCAUCAUCUUCUGCAACUCGACCAACCGUGUCGAGCUGCUCGCCAAGAAGAUCACCGAGCUGGGCUACUCGUGCUUCUACAGCCACGCCAAGAUGGCCCAGCAGGCGAGAAAUCGCGUCUUCCACGACUUCCGCAACGGCGUGUGCCGAAACCUCGUCUGCUCUGACCUGCUUACCCGUGGUAUCGACAUCCAGGCCGUCAACGUCGUUAUCAACUUUGACUUUCCCAAGAACGCCGAGACCUACCUGCAUCGUAUUGGCAGAUCCGGUCGUUACGGUCACUUGGGUUUGGCCAUCAACUUGAUCAACUGGGAUGACAGGUUCAACCUGUACAACAUCGAGAAGGACCUCGGCACCGAGAUCCAGCCCAUCCCCGCCAGCAUCGACAAGUCCCUUUACGUCUACGAGAACCCCGAGUCUAUCCCGAGACCCAUCUCCAACUUCAAGUCCGGUCAGCCCGGUCAGGGUCAGCAGCAGCCCCAGAUCCAGCAAAGCCAGCAGCAGCACCAGCAGCACCAGCCCCUUCUCCAGGGUGGCCCGGCUCCUGGUAACUGGCAGACUCAACAGCCCCAGCAGAGCGGUCAACAGAACGGCUACCAGGGCGGCGGCAGAGGUCGUGGACGCGGCCGUGGCGGUUACCGGGGCCAGAACCGCGGCGGAUACGGCGGUGGCGGUGGCCGCGGUCGUAGCCAAGGCCAAGGCCAGGGUCACCCCCAGCCCCAAGGACAGCUGUCCUAG